GAACGUCUUUUGCACGCAGUCGAUUGCGCCGGUGUAGAGGCCUCCUGUGCGGGGUUGGGUUUGGAGACGGACCUUGACGGUGUCGAAGGGUUGGCCGACGAGGACUUGGGCGAUUCCGCCGCAGGUUCCGGCGAGGCAGUCUUUUAACGCACGGACGACUCCGCCAUUGGAGUGUUCCUCGAAUGCCGGCUCGGCGGACAUGGUCGAUUGGAAAAGAGAAGGACGGGGAGGAGGGGAGAGGUGCUCGUUGCUCGUUGCUCGGUACUUGUUGGAGCCCAGGGCCUCGCAUGAAGAUCUUGAGUCGAGGUCAACAACGUCACGUCGACAACCCCGCCAAAUUCGUUCAUUCAAAUCGAAGGUUAUAGACCUGCCUUACGCGAUCAGUCGCAGUCAUACUUCUUACGCUCUCACCAAUAUCCACAAGACCCGCUCCGACAAUGCCAGCGCCAAAGGAGACGGCGGGAGAGACGAGUACGAGGAGAUGGGUGAUCCUCAGUUUCUGGGCCGUAAUUUUGCUCGGUAUACCCAUAUGGUGGAAAACCACGGAGAUAUAUCGAGCUACUUUACCGUUGGAGAGGAUGCUGGCGUGGUCAGAGAGACGGGCGUGCGAUAUUAUCCUUCCUGUUUCAAUUCAUGUUCAGUCUCCGGAUCCAAUAUUGGCUCUCCCACGAUUGUUGGAGAAGGUGGAGAAGAAGUUGAGGGAGAGGAAUGAUGUACCCGAGUACGAUAUCCAACUCAAGAUCGCGGGAGACGAGAGCUCUGUGAUCGGUACAGUGAUCACGCUAUCCCCCUCAGACGCCCUAUCAUCACCAAAAUCGAGUUUCAGUUCUGAGGGAGUACUGACAUUCGCAUAUCCCUCGUCUGCGCGGAAUGAACUCCCUGAUUACCUCUACGAUGAGAUAAAGUCCAUAUUCGCGAAGGAGAAGGCAUAUGCCAAAAACGUGCUAUCCAAAGCCAAGGAGGAUAUCCAGAACGACAACGGAUUUCGGCGCGUGAUGGGGUAUGCACCUACCUAUCAGCUAUCAUUCAGCCUGAUGAAUGGUGGUGCGCACGAUGGUGUGUCGCAAUGGGCGAUCGAGGAAGCUGUCGAUUCGGUGUUUGGCGAGACUUUGGGGGAGUUGAGUGUCGUGUCCAACUUUAGCGUUCAUUCGCAGAUUCAGCAUUAUGCGAACCUGGGGUUUGAGCCGAGGAAGGCGGUGGAUGGGGAUGGGUACGAGUUACGGAGCGAAGAACUUUCGCAGUUCAUUAAUUCGGCGGAGUGGAGUCUUGCUACACCAAUCUCGUCAUAUCCGACAAUGAACUUCCUUCUCUAUGUUCCGGAAAAGCUGUAUCGGCCUUUGGUCAUUCGAGACGGCGAUGGCAAACCUGUACCCUCCAAUUCAUUCCUGAUUCCGCAGUGGGGUGGGGUGGUUAUCUACAACCCCCCAGUUGACUCAGCAAACAGCCUCAGUGAAGACGAACUCCGGGGAGCACUGUCUACGUUCCGGACCUACCUUCUCUCACUGCUCGGCAUGCCUGUACUCUCAGGCGCGGGACCCAACAGGUGGUCUUACGAUGGAUUGGUACGGCAGCGUACCGCAGAGAACAUCGUGUCUGCAGCAGCAACAUUAGGAUCAUUGGCGCGUCUCGUUACGCAGCUCAAGCACAUGUCAGUCCCCCAAGCCGUCCGAGAUAGCGUGAACCUCGUUCUCUCCAACCUCGAUAACGCUUGCGCCGCCUUACACCGCGGCAACGUACUUGAGGCAUUCCCACAUACCGUCGUUGCAAGGACAAACGCCGAAAAGGCAUUCUUUGACCCCUCGAUGGUUAGUAUGCUAUAUUUCCCGGACGAACACAAGUAUGCGAUUUAUAUGCCGCUGUUUGGGCCGUUGGCGGUUCCGUUGAUUUUGAGUGUGGUUAAGGAGUUGAGGACGUGGAGGGAAGGGAGGAAGCAAUUGAAGGUUAAGGAGGAAUAG